GCCAUUGGUCAGGGAAAUAACCUUAAUCAUUAAAUACUCGCAGAAAGAAUCAGCGCGAGAAAAACCAUAUACACUUUUAAAUAUAAACAUGUUCAUUAAUUAUUAAAACCUAGGACCAUCAUUUACUUCCACUGAAUCUAAUUGAAAACAAACGGAUCAGGAAUCCCGAGGUCAGAAUGUGAGGGUUAAAGUGUUCACACCCAACUUUGGCAACAAUUCUGAGAAGCAAGUGAGGAGGGGUCACCCUAGCCACUGCGACAUGGACACUAACACUACACUAAAGGCUCACAGGCUGAUUGUAAGCUUGUUGCUCAUCAAGUUUAUACCAGUCCUCAUGGAAGGUAACCGGUGUUCAGGAGGGCAUGACCUGUAUGUUGAUAUUAAAGAGAACAGUCCGAAUGGCACAGUCAUCGCAAAGCUCACUGUAAAUGGCAACCUUUCCAGCCAUGAAAUCAACUUGAAUCUGACAGGAACGGAUAUGAAGUGGUUUCAACUGGACGAGGAAGUUGUCAAGCUGAAUGUGUUACCUUCCAGACAGUUGGAUCGAGAGCUACUGUCCAUGCCCCUUCUUUUUGCCACGAUAACCUGUACAGAUGUUACAUCUUCAGAUCAGAUCCAGUACAGGCUAGUGGUGCAGGUACUUAAUGAAAAUGACAAUCCACCAAUGUUCCUUAAAGAAAAUGUUCAGCAAGUCAACAUCAGUGAGUUCACGCCAGUCGGCAAUGUUGUCUUCACACUACAAGCACAUGACAGGGACGGGGAUGACCUCAUCUACAUGAUUGAUGGCGCAUCGAGUGAUGCAGAAUUCUUCAUAAUCAACUUACCAAGCAGUGGAAAGGUCCAUUUGGCCCAGCAACUAGACUUUGAGGUGAAAAAGGAAUUGGAGCUGAUAGUUUAUGCCAUGGAAGUGAAUACUAAAGAGAAAUACAACACAACAGCGAAAAUUACCAUCAAUGUAUUAGAUGGGGAUGACCAAUACCCAAGAUUCCUUCCCUGCAAUUUCCUGUCACAUGGAGCAUCCAGGAUUUGUGUCAAUCCAAUCUACACAGGAAAUGUCACAGAGGCAAGGCUACCGUUUCAUGCUCUCCAACUCUCCCCAGGCUCCAUAUUAGCAGAGGAUGGAGACAAAGGACUUCAGACACCAGUUUUAUACUCGAUCCUUGAAGGUGACGAUAAUGGCAGAUUUGAAAUCAGCAAUAUUACUGGAGCGAUAAUGAUGAGGUGGCCAGUCCGGAGCUAUGAACAAAAUCCAUCAUUCUCUCUGACAAUCAUGGCCUCUCAAGUGGAUGACCCUAGCAAAUACACAGUGACUAAGGUGUUGAUUCACGUCCUGAUCCAGAAUCGUCAUCGGCCACGGUUUAACAAGAUCGAGUAUAAAGGAUUUGUUCAGGAGCAACCUACCCCUUUCGCCCUGGUAGUCACUUAUGGAAAUAAACCCUUAUUAGUGAAAGCAGUGGAUCAAGAUUUCAAAAAUGGCAGAAACCCAAAACUUAUCUACACCCUGAAAAAUCAGUCCAAUCACACACAGCUAUACCAGAUCACACAGGAAGGUCUCCUACUUGCUCGAACUAAUCGACUGCAUGCGCAUGAAAAGUACAUGCUGCAGAUUGUUGGAUCCGAUAAUGAUUCAGGGGACACGGUCAGCACCAAGGUCAAUGUUGAAGUUCUUCACUCAAGUCAGCCAGUUCCAACUGGACUCCCCAAAGGAAGCAGGAAGCACAGCUCUAAGGAAAUGGGAUUGUUGGGAGGAAUCAUUGGCGUAUUACUCCUCCUCCUUAUUGUCGCAUUUAUCCUACUUGUGUAUAACCUGAGGCAUCGACACAGGCAACAUAGACAAAGGGGCAGUGUUGCAGCAGAACUAAAUACCAAUGUGAAGUUAAAGUGGUUCCAGCUGGUUAACACCAGCAAGCCAGAACAACCCUGCAGGAAUCUAGCCUAUAUAAAUGAGGCCUUCAGUAAUUGGAAUGAAGAAGUGAACAAUGGUGGUACCACGUACAAUCAGGGGGAAAUCUCAAAUGAACUGCUUGAUGCUGCACCAGUUCAAGAACAAGAGUGUCCCAUCAAACCCAUCUUGACGAAUGGAAAAUUUGCUUCCUGCGAGUCCAUUUGUGUCAAAGCUGAUGUAAUGGGAGAGGAAAUUAGUACUGACACUGGACACCAAUAUAAAGAAUGUAACAAUGAGGAGCACAGAGUAAAUAGCAAUUGCCCAUUAGGAGUAAACUUGCAAUUACCAGAUAAGUCUGGCUUGGAGGAAAGGCCACUAUGGGAAAAUAAGAAGGAGCAAAUUGAAGUUGUAAAGAAAACUGUACAAGAAGCAACAGGGCAAGCAAGAACUGUGCCAGAAGAAAUGAAAAGCUCUGUUUUUACAGAAAGACAAGAGCUUACAGCAAAUAUGACAGACGGGCAAGAGUAUUCAAUAUCUGCAGCAGGUCUUGCAGCCCUCAUGACUGCUGCAGGGAUAAAGCACUUGGUACCUGAAAUAGAACAAGGACACCCAGUGAACAUGUUAAGACAACAAGAGCACAUAAUAUGUUCCAAGAAAACAGCAGGUGCAGUGGACACAAUGGUAGGAGAUGCAAUGGAAGAAGGUACAGUGGGUACAAAAAGCCCAGUAGCCCCACAGCAGCCAGCAGCAACAAAAGAGCAUCCAUUAGUUGAAAAGCAACCUGUGAUAGAAGUAAUAAUGGAGCAUCCAAUGGCAGUACUAUAUCCAACAUUCACAGACCAUCCAGUGAAAGUAGAAAAUGCAGUGGCAACAGUAUCUCCAGCAUCAACAGAGUAUGCAGUGGUAGUACAACAUCAAGUGGAAGCCAAGAAUCCAGUAGAAAUGGAGGAUCCAGGGGUUACAAUGCAGCAAGCGACAAUGAAAAUGACAGCAGACUAUCCAGCUGCCACAGAGAAUUCAGUAUCAGAAGACAUGCUUAUACACUGUCCAACCACAGGACUAACUACAGAGGUAUUGGAAGGAGCAGAGGAAACUGAAGACACAGCAACAAUAAAGCCAUCUAUAGAAACUUCAGUGGUGGUCACAAAGUGUCCAGUGGCAGAAGAUGGUAUAGAACGGCUAGUUACAGAAGGACUGGCCAUUGAGGUUCAGUCAAUCACACAGCUGGAUGCGGAAGAUUCAUCAGCAGAAGAAUCAACCAUAAAGGAGCCAGAGGGAGAAACACCUACAGAGGGUCAAAUGGAAGCCAAAAGAAGCCCAUCAGUAGCAGGAGUGGAUUUAGAGCUCUUAGGGGCAGUUAGGAUUGACUCAGCAGCAGGAGAAAUAAGCCUAGAAUCUAUAAGGCAUCCAGCACCUGGUAUGGUCAGAGAAUGUUCAGUGGUUCCAGUGGGUUCACCAGAUACAGAUUACUCAGCAGCUCUUGAAAGAGGAGACAGUUCUGUAACUUUCAGGAAAAGCACCACAAAUAUGGUGAUGCUUUAGGAAACAUAAGAUGAAAGAACUGUAACUAUCCACACUUCCACCCAGCCCUGCUGCUCAACUUGCUGAUAUUUUGAGUAAAGUAUGCAAAGUCCUAACCAUUUGCGGUGUGAAGAUCCCUUGCCUUCACCUCUGCAGAUUAAAUACCUAUUUCAAGACCCUCUGUUAUUCCUCUGACUUGUAUUUUUACAGUUUUAGUGCUGUUAAAAGAUCUGCUUUCUCCAACAUUAUGGAAAGAUUUGGUUUUCUACAGGAUAAAAAGUUAAAGAAAAAUAUUUAAUAAAAUGUCAGGAUAUGAUUAGAACCCAUAUAACCUAAGUCAGCUUCUGAAACAGAAUGUGUGUAAUGUGUUUUCUGAAGAAGGGUCUAGGCCAGAAAUGUCAGCCUUCCUGCUCCGAUGAUGCUGCUUGGCCUGCUGUGUUCAUCCAGCUCUAUACCUUGUUAUCUCGGAUUCUCCAGCAUCUGCAGUUCCUAUUAUCUCUGUGUAAUUCGCUCCUGGGUGAUGGACACUGCUGGAAGGUCAGCAUUUAUUGCACAUUCAUGAUAGCCACUUUCUCAAGGGCAAUCAUUCUGAAUUCUAGUUUGUGGAGGGAAGUUACUCCUACAAUGUCAUCUUGCAAUGAGUCCCACAAUUAAAAGCCAAUAACAAAGACAGUGAUGUAACUUAGAAAUAAGUCUGGGUUUGAUGCUGUUGCCAUGCAUCUGCUGCCCUUAUUCUUCCAAAUGGCAGUAGGUUCUGCCAAAGAAGCCUUGCAGAUGAUGCAUUGCAUCCAGUAGAUCCUCCAAACUAUAGUCAGUGAUGGAGUUCUGAUAAAAAAAGGUUUGUUUUUUUCUGGGCUGUGGCAAUCAUCUUGGUUGCUGCAGUUGGAUCAAUAUUUCCGAUUUGACCUUAUGAUUCGUGCGGUGCAACUUAAACAGAGUUCCAGGAGUUGUGAGUUGAGAGUUAGGUGAAGAGUCAAAGGAUGACGAGUGGUGUCCCGCAGGGUUCAGUGUUGGGGCCACAGCUGUUCACCUUAUAUAUUAAUGAUCUGGAUGAAGGGACUGGGGGCAUUCUGGUGAAGUUUGCCGAUGAUACGAAGAUAGGUGGACAGGCAGGUAGUACUGAGUAUGGGGAAGCUGCAGAAAGAUUUAGACAGUUUAGGAGAAUGGUCCAGGAAAUGGCUGAUGAAAUUCAAUGUGGGUAAAUAUGAGGUUUUGCACUUUGGAAAAAAGAAUACAGGCAUGGACUAUUUUCUAAACUGUGAGAAAAUUCGCAAAUCAGAAGUGCAAAGGGAUCUGGGAGUGUUGGUCCAGGAUUCUCUAAAGGUUAACUUGCAGGUAGAGUCUGUAAUUAAGAAAGCGAAUGUAAUGUUGUCGUUUAUCUCAAGAGGGUUGGAAUAUAAAAGCAGUGAUGUGCUUCUGAGGCUUUUCAGGCUCUAGUUAGGCCCCAUUUAGAAUACUGUGUCCAAUUUUGGGCCCCACACCUCAGGAAGGACAUACUAGCCCUGGAGCGUGUCCAGCAGAGAUUCACACGGAUGAUCCCUGGAACGGUAGGUUUAACGUAUGAUGAAUGGCUAAGGAUCCUGGGAUUGUACUCAUUAGAGUUUAGAAGGUUGACGGGAGAUCUAAGAGAAACUUACAAGAUAAUGUAUGGUUUAGAAGAGGUGGACGCUAGGAAGUUGUUUCCAUUAGGUGGGGAGACUAGGACCCGUGGGCACAGCCUUAAAAUUAGAGGGGGUAAAUUUAAAACUGAAAUGAGACGACAUUUCUUCAGCCAGAGUGUGGUGGGCUUGUGGAAUUCAUUGCCACAGAGUGCAGUGGAGGCCAGGACGUUGGAUGCCUUCAAAGCAGAGAUCGACAAAUUAUUGAUCUCAGAAGGAAUCAAGGGCUAUGGGGAGAGUGCAGGGAAGCGGUGUUGAAAUGCCCAUCAGCCAUGAUUUAAAUGGCGGAGUGGACUUGAUGGGCCGAAUGGCCUUACUUCCAAUCCUAUGUCUUAUGGUCUUAUGGAUGUGUUCCUUUGUAUUUCUCACUUCAUCCUGUUGGAAUUAAUUUUUACUCUUAGCUUUAAAUUUCCAAUUUAUAGACACAGAAAAAGGAGGCGGAUUGAUUAGUGAGGUGAAUAGUUAUAUUUUCUUCUCUCUAAUCUCCAAACCAAAAGUAAACUCAAGGUUAAAAGCAUCUUGGUCACACAGAAUGUCAAUCCUACGGUAUGUUGGGAUUCAUUGAUGGACAUUUGCAUGGAAUUGAGAUUACCACAGAGACUUGAGUUCCAGGUUUCAGAGCUCAAGCUGUGGCUGGAGUCACUCUCAUGCAUCAAUAGAGCAGAGGACUAUGUGGAUAGUACAUUUCAAGAGGAUGUCACACCACAGGAUAGUGGUAUGCAGGCAUUUUAUAAAUUAAUUCAGGAAUGUGCAAUAAAUACUGGCCUAGCCAGCAAAGCCCACAUCCUCUAUAAUUGCCCAGGGGGCAGUCAAGAAUCAAUGGCAUUCAAUGGGUCUGAGUUACAUGUAGGCCAAACCAGUUAAAGAUAGCAAAUUCCUUGUCUAAAGGACACUACUGAACCGGAUGGGUUUUUACAAAAGUCAACAAUGUUCCAUGGUUGCUGUUAACUAAUUAGGGAAGGGGAGACCACCAGACAAUCCAAGACAACCAGGCAGGUAAUGCUGGAGUCUGAGACAAUUUUGUCUGCUAUUUGGUUUUUCUGUUCUGGUAGCAAUCAGAAUUGAGAAUAGUUAAUGGGAGGAGUCAGAAUAAAAUGCAAAUUAAAAUAUUCUCAAUCAAGCUUCCAGUGCAAAUAUGUGAGUGCAUGGAGUGUAGUAAAUAGGGUAGUUGAGCUACAAGUACAGAUAAUCAUUUGGAAUCAUGUUGUGGCUAUUUCAGAGGGUUAGCUCAAGGAAGCACAGAUGUUAAAUAUUCCUGAAUACAAAGUGCUCAAGAAGAGUAUGAAGAGAAGGGAAGGAGAAGAGAUAAUGAUAUUGGUUGAGGAGAGCACUGCAAUACUGGAGAAAGAGAAUGUCCGAGAGGGUUCAUGGACAGUAUGAGUUUGGCGAGAGUUGUGGUAUAAAAAAGGUGCAACUACAUUGCUUGGUGAAGUUUACAGGCCAUCAACUAAUGGAAAAGAUGUACAUAUUAUAGGGCAGUUAUAUUGGGGGAGGUUAAUUAUCUGAAUGCAGACUGAGGUAAUGUCAGAGGGUAAAAGGAAGCAAAGUUCAACAACAGUAUGUGUUUAGUCCAACAAUAAAGCAAGCAAUGCUAGACCAGGUUCUUGGGAAUGAGGUGGGCCAAGCAGAUCAAGUGUCAAUGGAAAAACACUUAGAAGACAGUGAUCUUUGUAUCAUAAGGUUUAGGAUGACAGUGGAAAAGAAUAACAAACAAUCCAGAACAAGAACAAUUAACUAGAAGAGAGGUCACUUCGUUGGGGCAAGAACAGAGUUGAGCUGAAUAGACUGGAGUCAGAGAUUGGUAGGAAAACUGUACUUAAUGGGCUGCCUCUAAAGAAGACAUAUUUAGGCACAGUCAAUAUUUAUUAUCCCAUUAGGGAAAGGUACAGCAAAUAAAGCCAUAGCUCCCUAGAUGAAAAAUGAGAUAGAAACUAAAAUAAAGAAGAAAGUGUGUUUACGAAAAUUGUCAGUUGCAAAAAUACAAUCGUGAAACAAGCUGAAUACAAAAGAUUCAAAAGAAGGUGAAAAAUCAAAUGAGAGAAGCAAAGAAGAAUUAUGCAAAGCGAUCAACAGCUAACAUAAAAAGAAUUCCCUGUGUCUUCUUUAGGCACAAAUAAAUAGUAAAAGGGUCCAAUUAGGGACCAAAAAGGGAGUUUACACAAUAAAGCAGUGUUAUGGCUUAGGUAUGAAAUUAAUACUUUGCAUCUGUCUUUCCCAAGGAAGCAAAUAUUGCUCAGGCCAUGGUAACACAGGAGAAAAUUCAGUCAGUAGCAGCGUUCAAAACUGAUAAGCAGAAGAAACUGUUGGUAUUGUUGACAAGCACUGAACCAGAUGAUUUGCAUCCAAGGAUAAUAAAGGAAGUGUGCAGAAUUUAGAGACAGCUCAAGGUUAUGAGAGACACUAUAUAGUUUUUGUUUCUUAAUAGCACGGACCUCAGGCCGCUAAUUGUUCCUACAGAGUCCAUUGUUCUCCGUCAGUGACUCAACUUUAUGGGCUCCUUUGCAGAGUUGCCAUUCUUCUGUACAGGAGCACCACUAACUGAAGGAAAAAAAAAAUAAAUUGGGUCCUAUUUAUGACACAAACUCUUUUCAGAUCAAACUUUACAAUCAGCAGAAAACUGCAAGAAUCAAAAUAAGAUCCAUUGUCUAGAAAUUACAAGAUGUUUACCCAUAAAGGCACAGAAUGAAAUCAUCAGAUUUCCUCGUAUUACAACUUGAGCUGUAAUGCAAGAUCCUGGAUGAAAUGUUCACCUAUCUCUUCCUUUUGCAUGUUAACCGAUUUGGUCUGAAUUUUGAAGCACCUUACAUUUUUACGAUUUCAAUUUUUUUUUGAUUUUAACAUUAAUGGGUUUCAGCUUGAGAUGAAACCUAGUGACUGAUUCACAAAAGAUUUACUAUUUUGAGUGUAGUAAGAUAGAAAUAAAGAACCAUUUAUGUUCAGUGGGUGAAAUAUAAUGUUGAAAGAAAUAAGCAAAGGCCAUUUCACAAUAUAGGAGAAAGGUCUCUGUCCAUAAAAGUAUACAAAUCAUCAGCUUGUUUAUAAAGAAAUGUAGAGCCUUGUUUACUUAGGAAUUUUCCCCCACAAUGAUUUAAAACUCUAAGUUGGUUUUGCUGAUAUUAACAAAUACUUAAUGUAUAUCAUUGAUAAUAUUGGUUGAACUUGUUCAGAUGUUAAUUUAUCCUCUGAUAACAAAUACAUCAAUAACACAUUUAUCUCAAAUAUAUAAGCAAUAUUGUAAGAACAUAUUGCGUGUUCUGUUACAAGUAACACUAACAGGAAUGUCUUAGCUUUAGUAUGAAGCCAUUCCUGGUAUUACGGUCAUCUUGCACUCUCUGUGAAAUCCUAAAUUUAUAUGUAGAUCGUGGAUAGGUACAAUGUUGACAAAUCAUGAAUCCCUUUCAGUUAAUUAAGUUUAAUUAGUCCAAU